GCUGUCCAUAACCGAAAAAGCUAGUGUUGGGUUCUAGAAACCGCUAUAACCUUCUUUGAGUUCAUAAUCGAAUAAUUAAGUAUACAGACAUUGUGAGGUGUCCUAAACAAAUUGAUAAAUUGUUCUUCUGCGCACUUGCAUUUCUCUCCUCUGUGUGUGUGUGUGUGUCUGAGAAUCAGGAGGAGGAGGAUAAAGAUGGCAGCAUACAGGUGGAAGAGUUUCAACGAUGAGGAAGAAGAUCGUCCGGAGAAACCUCGUCGCUAUGGCGUUACUGAAAUGAGGGGACCUCAUUAUUCCCUUUUUUCUCGAGGCCUCCUUGAGGAUGUUUUCGAGUCUAUGGGUCAGUUUGUUGACGGGCUGAAGUUCUGUGGUGGAUCUCAUACUCUGAUGCCAAAGACUUACAUCAAAGAAGUGACUGACAUGGCACAUAAACACAAUGUUUAUGUUAGCUCUGGUGAUUGGGCAGACCAAAUGCUUCGCCAAGGUCCUUCUGCUAUUAAAGAAUACAUUGAGGAAUGUAAGCGAUUGGGGUUCGAUACAAUUGAGCUUGAUGUUGCAUCACUUGGUCUACCUGAGGAGACCCUCUUGAGAUAUGUGCGGUUGAUCAAGAGCGGUGGGCUCAGAGCGAAGCCUCAGUUCUCUGUUAAGUUUAACAAGUCUGAUAUAGCCUUCACGGGUGACAGAGCUUUUGGGGCUUACGUGAUUCCUGCACCUCAAACCUCUGAGAUGGUUGAAGAUGUGGACCUUUUGGUCAGAAGGGCAGAGAGAUGCUUAGAAGCUGGGGCAGACAUGAUAAUGAUCAACGCUGAUGAUUUAUGUAGGCAGGCUGAUUCGCUACGGUCAGACAUGGUUGCAAAGAUUGUGGGUCGUCUUGGACUUGAGAAAACUAUGUUUGAGGCAUCAAGUCCUAAAAUCUCUGAGUGGUUUAUCAAACGUUAUGGUCCAAAGGUUAAUCUUUUCGUGGAUUACUCACAAGUGAUGGAUCUGGAAUGCCUCAGAGGACGCAACCUAGGUGGCAGGUCAUAUUUUCUGCUCUGAUCUUGUCGCAUCCAUAGAGAAAAACGCGCAUAUUGUGGCACCCAUUAACGUAAUGCUUUGGUGGUCAUCUGUUGAGGUCAUGUAUAAAUGAAAAAAGAAUGUAUUUCAUGUAUGUACUGUAAUGAUUUUGGAGACUUCUCUCUUUGGAUGAAGUUCAGCUGCUUGUAAAGAUACUCUUUUAUGUUCUAAUGCCUAAUGGACUGAAAGUUGACAAAUCUUGAAA